GCCCGGAUAAGCUUGGAGUUACCUUCUUUCGACCUACACUUCCUUUGAUCCGUGCAGCUCGACCAGUACAGCAGGUCUUCGAGCUUACGACUCCACUCACCUCACUUCUUCUUCUUCGGUCCUCUCUUUUCCCUUCAUAUUCGAUAUGGAUCACUCCAGAGAUCCCUGCCCCUGGGUUGCUCUUAGCGACUUCGGUGGUGCUUUCUGUAUGGGUGCAAUUGGUGGUGCUGUCUGGCACGGUGUGAAGGGUUUCAGAAACAGCCCCUACGGAGAGCGUCGGAUAGGUGCCAUCACAGCCAUCAAGGCUCGUGCGCCGGUUCUCGGUGGUAACUUCGGUGUCUGGGGUGGUAUGUUCUCGACGUUCGACUGUGCGAUCAAGGGUAUCAGAAAGAAGGAGGAUCCUUACAAUGCUAUCAUUGCUGGUUUCUUCACUGGUGGUGCUUUGGCCGUUCGUGGCGGUGUCAAGGCUGCCAGAAACUCCGCUAUCAUGUGUGCUGUCUUCCUGGCUGUCAUUGAGGGUGUCGGUAUCGGUUUCCAGAGAAUGAUGGCCGACAACACAAAACUAGAGCUUCCUCCUGCCCCUCCGUCCGGCGACAAGGCCGUCGCUUAAUUUACCAAUCGCUUCACGUUAAGACCUACGAUUUCCCCACCGUUGUCAGCAAUAUUG